AUGGACGUCAAGCUAGGCAAGAACCGCCUUGCCACCGGUUUUAGUGCCCCUCGACCUCUUCCAAGUGCACAGACCGCACUGGACGACGUACGUCCAGGCGGACAUGACGAAGCGGAGAGCACUGCGAACGACGAGCCCAUUGAGAUUUCGUCAUCGGACGAGUCUAUGGUAGAGUCUGAAGAUGGUGGUAUGAUUGUGAAUAUAGACAAGGAUGUCCGCGACGAUGAACAACUUGAUGAUUCAGACAGUCGUGAUGAAGGCGAGGUCAGCUCUCACCAGGGCGAUAUGCACGUGUCCUCUCCGACCCAAGACGCGACGUCUACGAGGUUGAAGCUCGAGGAUCUGAACGGAGAGCAGUUGGAGCUGCAGAUAAAGUAUGCCCUAUUCAACCUAGACCGGAGUCAGAUCGAUCUUAACCGAGCCGUGUCCUGUCUCUUCUGCUUGAAGCAGGGUCACAUGGCCGCUGAAUGUCCGGAGAACCAGUGUCGCAAAUGCAACCAGGAGCCUAGCCAUCCUACAAGACGCUGUCCAACCAUGGCCAGAUGCUCAAAAUGUCGUGAGCCUGGUCACAACCGCGACGGUUGCCAGUCCGGGCUGAGGGUCACAACAGUGCCCUGUGAUCUAUGUGGUGGGCUGGCUCAUACUGAGGAAGCUUGCCCUCAGCGUUUCUUCCCGAGCACGUCUCUCAAACUCGCUGAGGGUGGACCUGUCCGAUUGUGGAUCUCGUGUUGUAUCUGCGCCUCCAAGGGGCACCUUGUCGGCGACUGUCCGGAUGCGGACCGCUCUGCAGCUUCGAGAUGGUCCCUCAAGUCGCUUGCGUCCGGCGAAUAUAUCAACAUGAACCUCGAAACUGGUGCAAAGAGCCGAGAGAUUGAAGCCGAGAAUCGCAACAUGCGUCCAGCUGGCCUUCAGAUUAAGGGUCGUGCAGGCAUUCAUCAUGCUAGUCGCAGCGACAAGAUGGCUAUCUCCGAUGAGGAAGACGAGUUCUUUCGAGCCCCGGUCCGACGUGGCAAUGCUUCAAAGGCAGCUCCACAGAUGCGCUUCGGCGGUGCUGCUAAUCGCACCAACGAAGCCAGUCGUCAUGAGCGCUACAAUGCCUUUGAUGAUCGCGAUAGUCAAGGACGUGGGCGUGGAGAUUGGUAUGGAACCGACUCCUUCGGGCGUCGGCGCUCUCGUUCCCCACGUGCUUCCGGGGGUGAUCAGUGGCGACCUGACAAUCGUCAUCCCAAUUCGCCACGCCGCUUUGAUGGUCACCCUCAGAUACGUCCUCGUUCCCCGCCGCGAGGCACCAAGUCCAUUGAUUCAUAUCGGCCAGAUGAGCGCCCACCAACGAAGGGCGGGCCUGGUGCAUCCAACAGUCGUUCUCAGAGUUCUCGUAACCCAAGUUUUGACUCAGUAGCUCUGCCUACACGGAAGGGAUCCAAUCCGAACCUUCCUGCAAAGCCUUCCGUUUCAGAGCCUGUGCUAUCGCAAGCCAAGAAGCAGAAGUCCUCGGGUCCCAGUGGAGGUAAGAAGAAGGGUAAGAAAGGCAAUACCAAACCCUGA